AUGACCAUCGAUAUGACGGAUGACCCAGCGAUCCAAUACAUCUUCGAUCUUGGUUCGCGGGAGCCAAUUCCGACGCACAUUGUGAAUCACAUCAAGCAGAAGGGUCCUAAGCUAGGCGUCGACAUUUACAAGAAAUGGGAUAACAUCCGUGCCAUCGAGUCGAUCUAUGGUGACAAGAUUCAAUAUGAGUGGUCCAAGAUGACGCUGAAGGAUCGUCGGGGCAUCCUGGUCGCUGCGCGCACCAACAUACCAAAGAUUCACCGUCCUGAGUGCUUUACCGAUACAUAUACUCCAUACAUCAAGCCCAAAGGCAUCCCAACCGCAGAGCACACGUUGCCAUAUCUGAACCAAGAAGACCUGGAAGCCAAAUCCGCGUUGCCGACAUUGUUCAUAGCCCGCGCCCGUCAGAGCCCUGCUACAUUUGCUAUGAGGGAGCUGGUUUUCAUUCCUGUGGGGUACCCGAAGGCGGACAUCCGCCAGUCAACAAAGCUGUGUCUCUCUAGGCGUGAUACCUAUGGAGACAUGGCUUACUUCUCUACAGUCGACGAGGCGAUCGACUUCGAGCUGGUGCUGCCUAAGCUCGAUUUGAGAAAUCUAUCUCCACCAGACAGCGAUGUGGAAUCUCCGGAUUUGCCACUCUUUGAGCUUCGCCUAGACACCGAUCAUGAAGAUCUCGUAGCCAAAGCACCCCUCCGGCCUCGCCCCGCAUUCGUCGACAGUCUUCCUAGAGUCCGUCACCUCAUCUCUACUCAAACCUCCCUCGCAGAGCUUGAUCUCUGGCAGCUUCGCGAAGAUCCAUCCCGUUUUGUGCAAAUCUUCAACGAUGUGGUCGAGCAUGAUCCUCGUCAGCUGCUCGACAAAUAUGGUAAGCGGCAUCCGGUGAUUGGAACCGAUAGUCUUGUAUCGUCGACUUUGCAUGUGCUGGUUGCCCAAUCCCACUACGUAUUGAUGUUCUGGGAUCAGCUAGGUGUUCACUUGCAGGUCAUCGAGGAUCUCAUGAAGGCACAUCUGGAGGGCCUCAACAUAAGCUCCUUCGAGCCCGACGCACUGUCCGAAACCAUCAUGUCCUUCUCUAUCCUUCUCGAUGACACAACAAACCUGAUCAUGCUUGCUAUUGAGCACUAUCAAGCCAGCCCAGAGUUUCGUGUCCAUCACAGGCGACGCAUUCUGUUAGGCCAGAACACAGUCGCUCCUGAGCCUUCGCUGGCCGAAGAUACCGUAAGACUCCAUGUAGCAAACCUGCUCCAUGAUCUGAUUCAGGGCCAUAAAGAAGGUGCAUUGGACCCUUAUCGUGGCCUCCGCUUCCGACUUGACUUGCUCGAAACAUUCCUGAGGAAAUUUCCGAGUGGCUGGACAUGGAUCAGUCCUUAUCUUCGCUCGGCUCUAGCAAAGCUGUCCGUGCUCGCAGGUUGCUCCCUUGCUUUCGAGCUUCAACUAUGGUACGAGAAGCAGCUCCACGUUGCGUCCAUGUAUACGAAGAAUGACCCCAACUAUUUAUCGAAAGUAUAUGGUCCCUUCAAGGCCUGGACAUCCAUCUUCAAGAACGUGAAGGGGGCGGACUUCAUUUCUUCAUCGAAGUUAGGUGAUCCAUCUGACAAUAAGUUUGAUUACCCUAUCAGUAGCGGGAGGAAUAAGAAGAUAGUGGUCGAGAAAUUAUGCCGAGCAGAGGCCAAGUUGGACGCUUUCUGGAUCAGCAUCGAUGCGGACUUGGAAAAGUGGGCUGAUGGCCACCCUCAAAAGGCCCUUCAGCGUCUACUCGACAAUGGCGGCGAUAUGUUAAGGACCCAACCCUGGAGCAAACGUCAUGAAGAGUGGGCUGCUGAUAGACAGGGAAAAGGUUCCAAGUCUGCGCCUCCCGACCUUCUGCUCAAGUCUGAACCGCUAUCACGGAUCUUCCAUGACGCUUCAAAGGAGAUCACGGGUAUCUUCAACAAGUCUAACAUCAUAACCAAAACCAAGGCAAAAAUACGUCCAGAGGGCGGCCCAGAUGGAGGACUGGUCGAUCCUAGACGCGAUCCUUCGCCAGAGCCGCAAGUGACGCUUCCUGUGAACAAGAAGGGACUCCAGGUGUUCAGUCGCAUCUUCUACAAUCCUGAAACAAACGAAAAUCCUGCUGGAGAUGUGAAGUGGAGCGACUUCAAGGGCGCGAUGGCAAGUGUGGGAUUUUCAGCUGAGCACAUGCACGGCUCACAGUGGCAGUUCAACCCUGCUGCCCACCUGAACUUGACUCGCGGUAUUGCGUUUCAUGAGCCUCAUCCGAGCCCCAAGUUCUCUCAUGAUCAGGCAAGAGGCGUUGGUGCGAGGCUCCAUCGCGCUUAUGGGUGGGUAGGUUCGAUGUUCGUGAGGAAGAGAGAAGAUGGGGAAUGA